UUUUUAAAGAAAAAUCGUGGUUGGAACGUAAAGGUAGUAGGAAAUGAUGGAGCCUGCAUGUUUAGAGCUGUCGCUGAUCAAGUUUACGGUGAUGAAGAUAUGCAUGAUGAAGUUCGCCGUCUUUGUCUUGACUAUAUGGAAAAAAAUCGUGACCAUUUUUCUCAGUUUAUUACUGAAGAUUUCGAUCAGUACAUUAGCCGAAAACGCGAGAAAGGUGUUUGUGGUAAUCAUAUUGAAUUACAAGCAAUUUCAGAAAUUUAUUCUCGAGCAAUCGAAAUAUAUCAAUACAGCGCAGAUCCGAUUAAUAUAUUUAAUCCACGAGUGGAUAUUUCCAGCUCUUCCAAACCGAACGCUCCCAUUAGACUCUCUUAUCACGGAUCCUCUCAUUAUAAUUCAGUUGUCGAUCCAUAUGAAGCAACGAUUGGUGUGGGGUUAGGUUUACCAGGUCAUUCUCCUGGUUCGGCUGAUAGGAAUUUGGUUCGAGAAGCUAUUUUAAAAUCUGAAAGCCAAUUAAUUGAAGACGCAAUGCUCAAAGAUAAAAUCAGAUUAAGCGAUUUUGAAUGCACGGAACAGCAGAUCAGUGAACAGGUCAAAAAUUUUUUAAAUGUUUCUUAUUUCAAAGUAAGUGAAUGGUCAAGAGCAGCACAAGAUGAUGCGGAAGAAAAAUCUUUAUUGGCGCAAGUAAUGGCACUUUCACAGCAAGAGUAUUUGAACUCACUAAUAAAAAAAUCGACGAAGCGUAAUGAUUUUGAUCAAGCAGGAUCUAGCAAAUCGUCGUAG